GCUAAUGGCAGAAAAAUCACAUAGCAUAAAAUUAACAUAACAGCGUAAAAACAAAAAGAAAGGAAUAAUCAAAAUAUGUACAGAUAUCAUCAUUUGAACAGAUCGAUUCAACAAUGGGAAACAUGUAAUGAGACAUUGUUCUACUUUGUCACAUCAGUGUACUCUACGUCAUCCAGUCGUGCAACAAGCGCCUGUCACGCUCAGCCAGAUGCUCUGCUGCUCCAGGAAGGAAAUGCAACGCGGAAAGGGUUAAAAUCAGGAGGGAGACGCCAAAUGACUGCAAGUCAGUGUGGAUGAGAGAGGAAAGACAAGCACAAACGAGCGCUCUCACGAUAAUGCGGGCUACUGUAUUCCUGAAAUGAGUGCGCACCGCUUGCCAUUCAUCCGCAUGUUAUUCCUUUUCCUGCAGUCUGACUGAUCUCGUUUGCUAAAUUCACUGGAGCCUCAGCUCAAAUUGCUCCUCUGCAUGUGUUCACCCGCACUUCAGGUGGCACCUCCAAGCAGAGAGAGAGGGAGACGGAGACUCGACCAGGACGUGAAAGAGUGACUAAACUGUUUUGGUUUGUUUGUCAAAGAAUGAAUUUAAGCAACGGUGUCAGUGGACAGAACCGAAAUGAUGCAAGCUGGGAAGAUACGAAGAGACCCGUGAAGCUCUCUACUCCGACGAGGAAGCCUCAACCUCCCAAACCCGAGAAUGCCAUCACCAUCGCCGUGUCGUCGCGGGUGCUCUUCAACAUGGAACGUGAGCAGCAGAUCUACGAGCGGCAAGGCAUGGAGGAGUAUCUCAAGUACCAGCUGGAGCAUGAAAGUGAGCCUUUCAGUCCUGGUCCUGCCUUCUCCUUCGUCAAGGCUCUGGAGGCUGUCAACAACCGACUGCGGGAGCUUUACCCACAGAGCGAGGAGCUGUUUGACGUGGUGCUCGUGACAAACAACCACGCAUACGUGGGCCUCCGGCUCAUCCAUACCCGCACCGCUUGCCAUUCAUCCGCAUGUUAUUCCUUUUCCUGCAGUCUGAUUGAUCUCGUUUGCUAA